AUGAAACCUCUAUAUCUGCUUGUGUUGGCAAUAAUUACAAUCGUGAACCGUGCGACGUGCGAACUCAUUUACGGAUCUGUUAUUCUGGACUGGCUUUGGCCAAAUGAAACUGUCAAGGCUGAUUUUAUCGCUAGCGGAGAGUACGAUCCAGAGGUGUGUCAACUAUCAGCCUUACAAAUAGGAGACUACAACACACUUUUCGUAACAGUGCCGCGGCUUCGGUCUAAAGAUGGCGUUCCCGCCGGGUUGAACACGGUUUAUCUGACAGACGAGGAAAACCAAAAAGGUGUCUUGGUACCGUAUCCGAAUUGGGAGUUCAACAAACUUGGAAACUGCAGUGCGCUUCAACUUCCAAUGAGUAUGGCUAUAGAUCCCAGGACUGGUUUCUUGUACAUUAUUGAUGUAGGGCGUGUGGGAAUCUUGUCUGCCACCGAUCCACCGACCAACCUGUGUCCGGCCAAGAUCGUUGUGCUGGACACCACAAACAACGGCAGCAUCGUUCGCAGCCACGAGUUUCCAGACUCCGUUGUGUCCGGUUCAAAGAAUUCCCUCAACGACAUAGUUCUAGACUACGUGGAUCCAGACGACGUCACGGGGGUCCGAUAUGCCUACAUUUCCGACACUAUGGGUCAGCAACUUGUGGUGUUUGACUUUACUACAAAUAAUUCUUGGAGUUUCAGCCAUUCUGCGUCUAUGAGCUACGAUGAAGACAGCGUACUUUCAAUCAACGGCCAGACUUUCAACUUCACCCAGGGAAUCAACGGCAUAGCGCUGUCACCGACCUUCAACUACGUCUACUACUCUGCCCUAGGAUCCAAGAAGCUGUGGCAGAUUCCUACCUGGGUACUGCGGGACAAAGAUGCGGAUUUCGUGGGCAACCUACGACUCGUUGGGCGCAAGAAGUCAAACUCUGACGCUCUUCUGUUUGGACACCGAGGCUUGUACUACGCUGCGCUGGGGUAUAAUGCAAUAUACAGGUACGACAUGGCAUGUGUACGCUGA